AAAUAUCUGGAAAAUCGAAUGGCCAAACCUAAAGCAAAAAAAAAAAACUUCUUUUAACGAGAAGAUAAAUAUCAAUCAGUUCUCAAAUUAGCAAAAAUGGCGUGCACCAGGACAAUUAUACGUUGCUCGGCGUUUGUAACAGAGCCAUGGGUACCUUUUCAUUUUCAAAAUCGAGCUCUGUUUACCCCUCAAUUCAAGCAAAAUUUGAGCUGUGGAUUUUGUAGCAGAAAAAAACGAAGCAUUAGGGCUCGUAAUUUUCAUUUUUCAAGAUUAAACCGCCUUAAUUGCUCGUAUAAUGAUGGUAAUAAUUUGAAUAAUUAUAGCUCAGCUCCUGAUGAAGAUGAAUUUGAGCAAGAACCUCCCCAGGAAGCUGUUCUUAAGGCCAUUUCAGAGGUUUCAAAGACCGAAGGUAGGGUUGGACAGACUACUAAUGUGGUUAUUGGAGGUACAGUGACCGAUGAUUCUACUAAUGAAUGGCUUGCUUUGGAUCAAAAGGUAAACUCAUACCCAACAGUUAGAGGGUUUACGGCGAUUGGAACGGGUGGUGAUGAUUUUGUGCAAGCUAUGGUUGUUGCUGUUGAGUCUGUAAUUCAGCAACCGAUACCUGAGGUGCACGAUUACCAUGACUAGUUUGAUAGUGAUACUUGAUGAUUUUGUUUCCAACAUUCUCUUUGGAUGACGUACUUGUUUGGUGAUUGUGCUUUCGUCUAGGAUUUUGUAACAUUUACCCAAGUGCUCUGACUAAUAAGAUUCUUGUUAAAGAUUUUUAAAUAUUCUUAGUAAGGAGGACACUUUGGUUUACAUAGUAUCUGGCAAGUUUGUUCGGCUGUCAUGAAUUGCAGUGUCAAGAGUUGCAAAGCUGCUCUAUUUAGUUAUUGCCAAUCUGUUUCGUAUUUCGAUUGUUCUUUUGCUUCAGAAAAGCUUCUUGGUAUCUGAAAUAGAUUAUUGCUGAGCAUAGGCAGCUAUGAUUUUAUUUUGUACACAUAGACAAUGUUAAUUGCUACUUUUUGUUUGACUGAUAUAUUUUGACAAACAGUUAUAUUCAGCCACCUA